UGUUGACCCUUCAGACUUGGGUCCACUUCUGUCUUAAAUGUUGACCCUUCAGACUUGGGUCCACUUCUGUCUUAAAUGUUGUGUCUCUGUGUUUCAGUCAUGGCGUUUCCUCGGACGUCCUCCAUCGUGCUGUGGUUCUCACUCAUCCUCUUUGUUUAUUGGACGACCUCGGCUGCUGAGUCACAUGACCCUUCACCUGCUGACCUCUCAGCCCUUCGCAGGCUCAAAAGAGAGCUGGAUUCAACUACAAAAGACCGGGUCCAGACUGGGGUCCAGGUGGGCGUAAACGUCCUGACCACGGUCACAGAGGUGUUGAAUCAAAUCCAACCUAAGCAGCUGGAGUCGGUGUUCAAGGCCCUGGCUGGCUUUGCCAGUGUGGCGCCUGGUAUCGGAAGUCUGAUCGUCUCAUUUGUCAACGUGGUUUUGGCCUUCGUCCCUCAGGAGGAUCAGCUGAGCAACGGCUUCAAUGAGGUCAACCGGAGGCUGGAUUCUCUGGCCUUCCAGAUAUCUGACCUGGCCAGAGACGUGGAGUGGUUCAACUACGUCAGCGUCUACUCUCAAGAUGAGAAUCACAUCCUGAACGCCUGGAGGAAGUUUGAUGAGUUUCAGAAGAACCUAAGGCUGGUGACGAGUAAAGAGGAGAAGCUGAGGCUGGCAGAGAUCUUCGCCAACUUCUAUGAGAACUCAGGGACUGAGGGCAGCGUGGCCAACAUCUACCAUUACCUGACGGUCAGCGGCACGUCUCUGAGCAAGAACAUCAACAUCCUGUUGAGGGACAAGUUCAAGUGCAGCAUCAGUGAAAUAGGCCGCUUUAACCUGUACCUGAGCAGUCUGCUGUGGAAGGGCAUGGUCCUCAACCAGCUCUACUGGAAACUCAUCGGAUUCAGCUCAUCAGGUCAACAGCACGAACAUAACCGCAUGUUCAAGAACGUCUUCAAAGCUCAGAACGAUUCUUUGCAGCUCUGUCUGGACAACUUUCAGCGGUACUUGAUGAAAGACGUGGAGGAGGUCAGCAAAAAAUUCACCAAAGACCAAAAAGAGAACAUUGCUGCCAAAGUCCAAAAGACCCUGGAUGAGAAGUACUUCUGGUACAAGUGGGCAGUGGUGGUGUAUGAUAAGUACUAUGAGGCCAACUACAAACUGGUCCAUAUGUGGCGUGUACCUGUGGGGGACCUGGUGGUGGCGGUGGGAUACACCAGCAAGGAAACAAACACAUACCGACAGGAAGUUGAGUCUGCUGCUCAGCGAUGCUUUGCUGAUACCAAGUGCACGGACCUUAAACAGAAGUCCCAGGACUGUGUCAUUGAGGUGCCCACUGGAGAGUACAUAGGUGCCCCCAACGGCCAGCAUGUCCCCGAAAUGGAUUUUAGAAGCUUUGCAGAAUAUGGGAAAGUUUUGCAUUAUUUCUAUCGUGAUGCUCCAGUGAUGUCGCCACCACCUGCUUUCAACAAGGUGGAGUGCAAAGACCUUGAUGGUUAUAAGUACAAGGUGAACGUCUACCUGUCCUUACGGCUGCCGGUUUGUUCCACACCUGACACCUGUCUGAACAGAGGUGUGUGCAGGUGGCUGAUGGACUCCAAUGAACACCUAUGUGACUGUCGUGAUGGUUACUAUGGAAACAGAUGUGAAAACAGCACCAGCAUCUACAAGAACGUUGACAUCGGUUCCCUGGUGCCAGACAUAACCACCCUCAACACCAAACUGGACCGGGUCCUUGACAUCUGUCUGAAGCAGAUAGAGGACAAGCUGGACCGGGUCCUGAGGACACGUGGAAGCACUGUCAGUGGGAACGUUAGCGUUGGCAGUGGAGGCUACAUUUCUGCCGUCGCCGCUGCUCCAAACCUCUGUUGCAGUAGAUCCGCCAGCGUCCGUCCUCCCACCGAUGUGGACAAGUUCUGGGUGCAGACCCUGGACACCUGUCUGCUGGACUACCUGUCCACCGUGCGCUCCCUAGAGGACGCCAACGCCGAGCUGGAGCUGAAGAUCAGGCAGUGGGUGGAGAGCAGCGGAGACUCUGCCUCCAGAGACUACAGCACCUGCUUCCAAACCAUGUCCAUCAUCAGGUCCAAGAUCCAGACCGUCGUCCAGGUGUACAGAUCUAUGGGCGACGCCCACAUGGCUGAUGAACACCUGAAGAACAAGAAUGAGAAGGAGCCGGCACCGAACUGA